GGAACAGUAUAGAUCACUUUCGUUUUUUGCUCGGGUUCUGUUCCUAAAUUAAUUUAGUUAUUUUCUGGUUUUCGGUUCUGUUCCCUGGACCAUUUCCAACCCUUGCUAUAUAUACCACAUGCUGUAAUGGUGCUCUUUGAAGUUGUAUAUAUUUUUAUUGAAUGUAUUUGAAUUUUGUUAAAAUGCACACUUAUCUUCAAGUUUCCCCUCUCCCCAUCUCACUGUUACCUUGGCUUGUCCCACAGCACCAACAACAGGUGGUCCAGGCCAUGGAGCGCGCCAAGCAGGUGACUAUGGGGGAGUUAAAUGCGUCGAUAGGGGUACGUGGACUCCCUCCUCUACCUCAUACAGUGUGUACCUCCAUCCUCUCAUACGUCUCUAUUUUGGUUAUUUUGUUUGUGCUCUGUGGGUAGCCAAUUCCCCCUCCUCCCAGCAUGCACACAGGCACAUACAUUCACGCACGCACGCACACACACACACACACACACACACACACACACACACACACACACACACACACACACACACACACACACACACACACACACACACACACACACACACAGACAAAUUGGUCACUUAGUGCGGGUUUGACUGGAACAGGCUGAGAUGAGUCUGCUAGGAAAUGGAGAGGGAGAAGAGAAAGAGGGAUGAAAAAUGACACUGCUGUGUGCCAAGCGACAACUCAAUGGCCUCACCAAACCAGAGGACUUUCAAAUGACACCAAUUUUUACAGUCUGAGAAAGGUUCUCCCCCCAAUGUAUUUUAGUGUUAUGUGAAGAAAUACAAUUAUUUUAAUUAACUGAAAAUAAUACAAUUAUUUGAGAGAUUAUGAUUUUCUUGGCAUUUUUACAUCACAUCUUUUUAACAAUCAUGCACUCCAUGGCUUGAGUUUGUGGCAGUCUUCUCUCUCUUAGGGAGACUCUCCUCCCCUCCACUCUCCCUCCAUCUUGCAGGAGCCCAUGCAUGGUGCCAUCCAUCACUGGAGACACACCUCUCUCUGUAUACCUCUCUCCCUUCAGCCCCUGUCCAGCCCCCAUCCAGUCCACCACUAACCCAGUAGACCAACUCAACCCCUGCAUUGUCCCCCCCCCCCCCCUCCUUUUCUCUCCUCCCUUCAGCAACAGCUGCAGGCGCAGCACCUCUCCCAGCACGUGGCCCAGGGUCUGCAGGGUCUGCACAGUAUGCAAAUGGGGCCCCAUCCUGGGGGCCUCCCUCACCCUGGCCUGGCGCUGGGCGGAGGGUCUGGCCUCUUGGCUUUGUCUGGGGCCCUGGGGGCCCAGCUGGCUGCCAAGGAGGGCCACGAGAGGGCCCACCUGGAGGCUGCCGCUGCUGCAGCCGCCGCAGAGCACCACAGAGGUAUGGGCUGGGACGGGGACAGGAUGGGGACAGGAUAGGGAGCAGGAUGGGGAGCAGGAUAGGGACAGGAUGGGGACAGGAUGGGGACAGGACGGGGACAGGAUGGGGAGCAGGAUAGAGAAGGACGGGGCUGGUAGGGAUGGAUUAGACUGAAAAAGAAUGUGAUGUGUAGGGUUUGGUCUUGGCUUGGCUAGAUUGUUGGAGCUGGUUGGGUUGGGCUAAUAAUGUGUGAAAUUCAUAGUGAUAUGCUAAAGAAAGAGACAUUUCAUGAAAAGACCAUGUGUGUGAGAAUGGUGAUAGUCAAGUUGUAUUGUGUUUGCUCUGUUUUGGCUGGCUGCGGGGACGCGGGGCGAUGCUGCCCAUCAUGGACGUAGACCGUGAGGCUGGACCGGUGAGAACGCUACACCCAAGUUCCCUACACCCAAGUACACUGCAAUAUUGUACAGUUCACCAUAUUACACUUCACAUCGACGCUCUAUCUCCCUCAUGGACACUGAGCCCCAGUCGAUGAUGUGUGAUUUGUCCAUCACAUUUAGCCGUGGUGGUUAUGAAGUUGACAUGGUUUAUACAGUUCCUCUCACCUCAUUAUCGCCUUCUCCUCUCUUCCUCCUCCCUCCCUUAGAGCUCUAUGUCCAACGGGGAUAAGGGUCGUUCAGCAGACUACCUCAGCAACGGGAAGAAGAGGAGGGCAGAUGAGAAGGAGUUCAUGACAGACUAUGUUAGUAUGCUGCCACGCUGAGAAGUUGAUUAGCAAUUGUGUGUGUUUGUGUCACAUUCAUUCAGUAAUUAGGUGUGUGUGUGUGUGUGUGUGUGUGUGUGUGUGCGUGCACAUUUUUUUACUAAUACCCCACAUCCUGAUUGCAGGGCAGUGACGCAGAUAAGAGUGAUGAUAAUUUGGUGGUGGAUGAGGUGAGUUGGCCUAUCUUUGCAUCUCGGUUCAGAUACCCUAAAUCACUCUGAUAAUUGACUGAUUCAGAUUGAUGCGAGAAACACUGUGGGGCCAUGGCUGGUAGACUAACCCCCCCACCCAUCUCUGUGCCCCCUCGUCCCCCCUCCAGGACCCCUCGUCCCCCCGCAGUGUCCACUCCUACUCGUCCAGAGAAAACGGCCUGGACAAGUUGCCCCCGUCCCGUAAAGACGCCCCUCCCCAGGCCAGCCCCGCGUCCCUGGCCUCCUCCAGCAGCCAAGCCUCCCCCUCCCGCAGCAAGGACCGGGAGCCACCGGUAUGCUCAGGAUCAGUCCAUUACAUGCCUUUAUUGUGAGACACACACACACACAGCUUCAUACAGUUAUGCUCAGGGUCAGAUGAGUGCUUGUACAGUGAGGGGAAAAACGUAUUUGAUCCCCUGCUGAUUUUGUACGUUUGCCCACUGACAAAGACAUGAUCAGUCUAUACUUUUAAUGGUAGGUUUAUUUGAACAGUGAGAGACAGAAUAACAACAAAAAAGAAAAAGAAAAACACAUGUCAAAAAUGUUAUAAAUUGAUUUGCAUUUUAAUGAGGGAAAUAAGUAUUUGACCCCUCUGCAAAACAUGACUUAGUACUUGGUGGUAAUCACAGAGGUCAGACGUUUCUUGUAGUUGGCCACCAGGUUUGCACACAUCUCAGGAGGGAUUUUGUCCCACUCCUCUUUGCAGAUCUUCUCCAAGUCAUUAAGGUUUCGAGCCUGACGUUUGGCAACUCGAACCUUCAGCUCCCUCCACAGAUUUUCUAUGGGAUUAAGGUCUGGAGACAGGCUAGGCCACUCCAGGACCUUAAUGUGCUUCUUCUUGAGCCUCUCCUUUGUUGCCUUGGCCGUGUGUUUUUGGGUCAUUGUCAUGCUGGAAUACCCAUCCACGACCCAUUUUCAAUGCCCUGGCUGAGGGAAGGAGGUUCUCACCCAAUAUUUGACGGUACAUGGCCCCGUCCAUCGUCCCUUUGAUGCGGUGAAGUUGUCCUGUCCCCUUAGCAGAAAAACACCCCCAAAGCAUAAUGUUUCCACCUCCAUGUUUGAUGGUGGGGAUGGUGUUCUUGGGGUCAUAGGCAGCAUUCCUCCUCCUCCAAACACGGCGAGUUGAGUUGAUGCCAAAGAGCUCUAUUUUGGUCUCAUCUGACCACAACACUUUCACCCAGUUCUCCUCUGAAUCAUUCAGAUGUUCAUUGGCAAACUUCAGACGGGCCUGUAUAUGUGCUUUCUUGAGCAGGGGGACCUUGCGGGCGCUGCAGGAUUUCAGUCCUUCACGGCGUAGUGUGUUACCAAUUGUUUUCUUGGUGACUAUGGUCCCAGCUGCCUUGAGAUCAUUGACAAGAUCCUCCCAUGUAGUUCUGGGCUGAUUCCUCACCGUUCUCAUGAUCAUUGCAACUCCACGAGGUGAGAUCUUGCAUGGAGCCCCAGGCCGAGGGAGAUUGACAGUUAUUUUGUGUUUCUUCCAUUUGCGAAUAAUCGCACCAACUGUUGUCAUCUUCUCACCAAGCUUCUUGGCGAUGGUCUUGUAGCCAUUCCAGCCUUGUGUAGGUCUACAAUCUUGUCCCUGACAUCCUUGGAGAGCUCUUUGGUCUUGGCCAUGGUGUAGAGUUUGGAAUCUGAUUGAUUGCUUCUGUGGACAGGUGUCUUUUAUACAGGUAACAAACUGAGAUUAGGAGUACUCCCUUUAAGAGUGUGCUCUAAUCUCAGCUCGUUACCUGUAUAAAAGACACCUGGGAGCCAGAAAUCUUUCUGAUUGAGAGGGGGUAAAAUACUUAUUUCCCUCAUUAAAAUGCAAAUCAAUUUAUAACAUUUUUGACAUGCGUUUUUCUGGAUUUUGUUGUUGUUAUUCUGUCUCUCACUGUUCAAAUAAACCUACCAUUAACAUUAUAGACUGAUCAUUUUUUUGUCAGUGGGCAAACUUACAAAAUCAGCAGGGGAUUAAAUACUUUUUUCCCUCACUGUAUGUAUGGUGAGGCAUGCUCAGCCCACAUACUUAGUUCCAGUGAUGGUCCUUCCAUUCAGCCUCAUUCUGUGUCAAGGAUGCUCACAUCCCAUGUGACCCUAGCCUUACUGAAUUACUGCAUUUCUACACACCCACACUUUGACAUGACCUCGCUUCAGAAUAGAUAGAUCCUAGAUACAUAGAACAGCAGUGAUACAGAAGCCAUCUGUUAAAUAUUCCAUUCCAAAUGGUUUCUCCAUGUGUCCUUCAUGUAACUCCACAGCAUUAGCACCUAGUGUCUCUCUGGUAACUGUGGUGUGAUGAAAGGAUAUCUCACAUUCACAUCACACUAUCUCUCCUCUCACACUCUCUCUCGUUCUCUUUCACACUUCUCUCUCUACCUCCCUCCUCCAUCUCUCUCUACCUCCCUCCUCUCCCCACCUCUCUCUCUACCUACCUCCUCCUCUCCCCAUCUCUCUCUACCCUCCCUCCUCCUCUCCCCAUCUCUCUCUCUUCCUCCUCUCUCUCUCUCUCUCUCUCUCUCUCUCUCUCUCUCUCUCUCUCUCUCUCUCUCUCUCUCUCUCUCUCUCUCUCUCUCUCUCUCUCUCUCUCUCUCUCUCUCUCUCUCUCUCUCUCUCUCUCUCUCUCUCACACACACACACACACAGAGGGAGAAGUCCAGUACCCCAGGUAUGAAGCCAGGCACCCCCCACGGUUCCCAGGACUCCUCCACCCCCGGCCCCAGUGCCCCCCCACAGUUCCGCCCCGUCCCUGGCAAACCUGGCAUUGACCCUCUGGGUAAGACCAACCACAAGACCAUCAUGGAUCACAUGUGUAUUGCAGUUUUCACUAGGUUUUUUAAGUGCCUUCAAUACCAGCCUUGAUCAUUGAUUAUCAGAUGAUUUUAUCUGAAGCAGCCUACAGUUUCCAUCUACAUUCAGUAUUUGAGUCCAUGCAUGAAUCAAAAUGGUAAGCCCUGUUCUAACCAGCUGAGCUAUACAAACUGCCCUUGACGUGGGUUAACUGAUGUGCCUGCUGCUGCCUGUGAUUGUGAGAGAAGUGGAUUUUCAGCAGGGAGAUUAAGAGAGGUGACGGACUGUGACGCUGAACUCUUUCAUCAUUAGGCUGUUUCAGUCUAUUGCAAUGCAUCAAACUCCCCUCCCAGCAGCUCCCAUUCAGUAGUCAAGUGGCUCCAUACUGCUGUGUGGCAGACCAGCCAGCAGAGUGCAGUAGUGCUCUGGUGAUGUUCUCGCUACUGUGGCAGAGAGCAAUGUGUUUGACCCUGUUUGAUGUGGAACCCUACAUAGAGGGUCAGAGCUGGCUCCCAGGCUGGCUGUUUACACAGGGUCUCCUCUGUCUUAUCUAACAGUGUUAACUCUAUCAGCCACACUAAUUGGAAUGGUAAUCAUGGCCUUUCCCAAGACAAUUAAUACACCCAAGAUAGGUAAUAGAAUGAGAAUAGAAAAAUUAAACUGGAUCAAUUCAACCUGAUCAACUUUUUUCGUACUGGUCCCCCAUAACCCUGGCGUUGCAAGCGUCAUGCUCUACCAACUGAGCCAAACUGACACUUAUUUGUUUUUGUCGUUGAUUAUUGGAACAAAGCAAUACAAACUUAUCUUUGUGCCUCCUCUCCAUCUCUGUAUUCAUAGUUCUAAGGUGAACAUCAGCUACUGGUCUCUGUUGGAUUCUAGCUUUCUAGGUUAAUUUGCUUUGUCGCUUUCUGCAUUAUCGAAUCUUAAUUUCCUCCCCAAUUUUGAUCUUGUCUCAUCGCUGCAACUCGAGUCAUUCAUCCUCCAAAACAUGACCUGCCAAACCGCACUUCUUAACACCCGCCCGCUUAACCCGGAAGCCAGCCACACCAAUUUGUUGGAGGAAACGCUGUUCAACAGCCUGCCGGCACAUGGCCCGCCACAAGGAGUCGCUAGACUAACCCGGAUGAAGCUGGGCCAAUUGUGCGCCGCCCUAUGGGACUCCCGAUCACGGCCGGUUGUGAUACAGGCCGGGAUUGAACCCGGGUCUGUAGUGAUGCCUCUAGCACAGCGAUGCAGUGCCUUAGACCGGGAGGCCCCUGAUUCUUAAUCUUAUCUUCUCUCUCCCUCCCGCCCCCUUUCUCCUCUCACCAUCAGCUCUGGGUCUGAGGAAUCCUCUGGCGGUGCAGGGAGCGUACCCCCCCGGGGCGUUUGGCCUGCCCCCUCCAGGGGUGAACGGGGAGCUGGCGGGGGCAGCAGCAGCCUAUGGGGCGGGGCUUCACCUGGUCUCCCCCCAGAUGAACGGCUCUGCAGCCGCCGCCGCUGCAGCCGGAUAUGGACGAUCACCAGUGGUGAGAGGGGGAUGGGGUAGUGAUGAUAAACGGAAAGAGAGGGAAGCGGAAUAUAUACAGUUGAAGUCAGAAGUUUACAUACACUUAAGUUGGAGUGAUUAAAACUUGUUUUUCAACCACUCCACAAAUUUCUUGUUAACAAACUAUAGUUUUGGCAAGUCGGUUAGGACAUCUACUUUGUGCAUGACACAAGUAAUUUUGCCAACAAUUGUUUACAGACAGAUUAUUUCACUUAUAAUUCACUGUAUCACAAUUCCAGUGGGUCAGAAGUUUACAUACACUAAGUUGACUGUGCCUUUAAACAGCUUGGAAAAUGAUGUAAUGGCUUUAGAAGCUUCUGAUAGGCUAAUUGACAUCAUUUGAGUCAAUUGGAGGUGUACCUGUGGAUGUAUUUCAAGGCCUACCUUCAAACCCAGUGCCUCUUUGCUUGACAUCAUGGGAAAAUCAAAAGAAAUCAGCCAAGACCUCAGAAAAUAAAUUGUAGACCUCCACAAGUCUGGUUCAUCCUUGGGAGCAAUUUCCAAAUGCCUGAAGGUGCCACGUUCAUCUGUACAAACAAUAGUACGCAAGUAUAAACACCAUGGGACCACGCAGCCAUCAUACCGCUCAGGAAGGAGGCGCGUUCUGUCUCCUAGAGAUGAACGUACUUUGGUGCGAAAAGUGCAAAUCAAUCCCAGAACAACCGCAAAGGACCUUGUGAAGAUGCUGGAGGAAACGGGUACAAAAGGAUCUAUAUCCACAGUAAAACGAGUCCUAUAUCGACAUAACCUGAAAGGCCGCUCAGCAAGGAAGAAGCCACUGCUCCAAAACCGCCAUAAAAAAACAGACUACAGUUUGCAACUGCACAUUGGGACAAAGAUCGUACUUUUUGGAGAAAUGUCCUCUCGUCUGAUGAAACAAAAAUAGAACUGUUUGCCCAUAAUGACCAUAGUUAUGUUUGGAGGAAAAAGGGGGUUGCUUGCAAGCUGAAGAACACCAUCCUAACCGUGAAGCACGGGGGUGGCAGCAUCAUGCUGUGGGGGUGCUUUGCUGCAGGAGGGACUGGUGCACUUCACAAAAUAGAUGGCAUCAUGAGGAAGGAAAAUUAUAUUGAAGCAACAUCUCAAGACAUCAGUCAGGAAGUUAAAGCUUGGUUGCAAAUGGGUCUUCCAAAUGGACAAUGACCCCAAGCAUUCUUCCAAAGGUGUGGCAAAAUGGUUUAAGGACAACAAAAUCAAGGUAUUGGAGUGGCCAUCACAAAGCCCUGACCUCAAUCCUAUAGAAAAUGUGUGGGCAGAACUGGAAAAGCGUGUGCGAGCAAGGAAGCCUAGAAACCUGACUCAGUUACACCAGCUCUGUCAGGAGGAAUGGGCCAAAAUUCACCCAACUUAUUGUGGGAAGCUUGUGGAAGGAUACCCGAAACGUUUGACCCAAGUUAAACAAUUUUAAAGGCAAUGCUACCAAAUACUAAUUGAGUGUAUGUAAACUUCUGACCCACUGGGAAUGUGAUGAAAGAAAUAAAAGCUGAAAUAAAUCAUUCUCUCUACUAUUAUUCUGACAUUUCACAUUCUUAAAAUAAAGUGGUGAUCCUAACUGACCUAAGACAGGGAUUUUUUACCAGGAUUAAAUGUCAGCAAUUGUGAAAAACUGAGUUUAAAUGUAUUUGGCUAAGGUGUAUGUAAACUUCCGACUUCAACUGUAUCUGUGUACACGCACUUGCACACUGAGUAGGCUUUUAUUGACAAUCCAAUUGUAUGACCUCAUAAACCAGUCAUAUCUCUUCAUGGUAUGGACUUAGUAUUCACUGUGGGAAAACAGUAGAAAUCUACUGUGGUUUUGAGAAGGCUUUCUGGGACUGCUCUGUCAGAUGCCUGAGCUAACAUUCUUUGUCCUUGUACUCCAGGUGGGCUAUGAGUCUCCUCACCCCCACAUGAGGGUCCCAGGGUUACCCGCCAGCCUGCAGUCCGCUGCCUCAGGGAAACCGUGAGUACUGUUCUCUCUGCCUCUGCUACCACAGCCUCUUAUACGGUCAUCACACCCUCUUAUUCUCUGACCACAGCACAAUUUUACUAUUAUGUCUUCAUACUCAUUUGUUGCUAUUGUAGGCUUUUAUUGUCUUGAGGGUAACCUCAAGUUUCAGCCUUGUUAAAUGCACAGUCCAGUCAAAAAACUUGAUUUUCCUGUGUUUUAUAUAUAUUUUCACAUUAUGAGGUUGGAAUAAUCAGGGGUGUGGACUCCAGUCACAUGACUUGGACUCGAUUCUGACUCCAGUCACAAAUUUGAAGACUUGAGACUCGAUUUGAUAGAAAAUAAAAUUACUUGACUUGGAGCCUCAAGACUAGGGACUCGUCUUUGACUUGAGACUGAUGACUUGAAAUUCUGGCCAGGUUUUGUCACUCAUUUUGUGGCACGGAGUCUCUGUGGAUUACUCUCCUCGCAGCCAGAGACAGUAGCUGCUGCAUCGAUUACGCAAACUCUGCCCUCUGAUUGGACCAGCUAACUGUUAAUCAACACAGGUCAGGCGAGGCAGCGCAGUGGUUCUCAAAGUGAGAUGGUUUUGGUGGGUCGCGAGUGUGAAACUGAAUGGGAAAAAAAAUAUAUUUUAAUAGGCUACCAUUUGUAUUUUCUAUCUUUGUCCAUUUGAUCUGAUUUAUAAUAUAGGCCUACGGUAUUGCACUAAAUUGUCUCAAAAACAUCUCAUCUGUGUUUCAGAACCAAAAAAUUGCACGUCUUGAUUGUUGACCAAUGACCAGUCAUCAGCAUAGGCACGCAAAGGCGAGUGCGCAUAACCAGAGAUUAGUGACCAGAAAGCUCUUGCUUACUUUUCUCUGGUUGGCAAAAACAAAAUAUGUUUAUAUUAUUUAUAGAAAAUACAGUUUAGAAAUCUACUACUGAGGCAUCUUUGCCAGAACAAUAAUAAGCUACCUGGCGAUUUCAUUGAUCAUUUUCAUAUUUCAGAUAGGCCUAGUUUGGGUGGCUACUGGCUAUAUGUCUAAAGGUAGCUGUAACAUUGCACUUCCUUCAAUAUUAUGGGACGAAGAUGUAACAUAUUCUGGCGAAUUAAUUAUGGUAUUUGUGAGGAAGAAGGGCUACCCAGUUGGCAAUGAGCAUUCUGCGGGCAGGUGGCCCUCCAAAGUGAUACCACGAGGCGCAGACAGACCAUGCGUUCCACCCUAUUACAGUUAGGCCAUAUGAUUCUGCUUGCUCUGGACAGAGAAGUGACACAAUAUCCCUAGUUAAUAUUGGCAGCUAACAUGAAUGACUUUCAGAUAAACUGCAUUUUACACCUGCAUUUGUAAUUCUAUAUCUUGCGUUUUGUAAAUGCAUUGCCAUUUAUGACUCCAAUGACAGGCUACAUUUGCGCGCACUGCUUUUUGGGGGUCGCGGGUCAAAAAGUUUAGGACAGCUAUAGGGUCGGGUGCAGCGCAAACAUCAAAUUGUAGGGAGAGAAGGUUGCCAUAAACAUCUAGCUCCAAAUAUUAUUUGGUGACAAUAUUAACCUCUUAAGGAUCGGAACCUUUUUUUCAAUUUGCGCCUAAAAUGACAUACCCAAAUCUAACUGCCUGUAGCACAGGACCUGAAGCAAGGAUAUGCAUAUUCUUGAUACCGUUUGAAAGGAAACACUUUGAAGUUUGUGGAAAUGGGAAAUUAAUGUAGGAGAAUAUAACACAUUAUAUCUGGUAAAAGAUAAGCAGCAGUGUGUGUGUGCAAAUUUUCAGAUCGAUCCAGUGAAGCAUUGCAAUACUGGACUAUUUUGUAUCAAGUCUGCCCAAAUGUGUCAAAUUGGUCAAUUAAUACAUUUUCAAGUACAUAACUAUAGAGAACAUACAUUUUGUAUUACCAUAUCAUUUUUGUAAGUUUACACACUCCCAGGAAUGUCAUACAUGAUGGAUCAUUAGCUUAUACACCAACUUUCACACAGCUAGAUGGCCGGGCGGGGUGGGUGUGGAGCCAGAGACAGCAUGGGUUUAAACUGUAGAACCCAAUUCCUACAUUUGAAUAUAAAAAUUGAUUUGAUCAAACAAAACAAUGCUACGUUUUAUCUCUGGGACCCUUAGGAUGACAAAUCAGAGUAAGAUUACUGAAUGGAAGUACAUUAUUUACCUUCAGAGGUGAAUGUAUCAAACCAGUUGCCGUGAUACGUUUUUUAUUGUUGUGCACUCUCCUCAAACAAUAGCAUGGUCUUUUUUCACUGUAAUAGCUACUGUGAAUUGGACAGUGCAUUUAGAUUAACAAGAAUUUAAGCUUUCUGCCCAUAUAAAACAUGUCUAUAUCCUGGAAAGUUUGCUAAUCACAUUAGCGCACGUUAGCUCAACCGUCCCGUAUACGGGAUCCAGUAGAGGUUAACUGGUUACUUUGCACGCUCACCGGCAAUGGAGCAUCAAAUCAAAUCAAAUGUUAUUUGCCACAUGUGCCGAAUACAACAGGUGUAGACCUUACAGUGAAAUGCUUACUUACAAGCCCUUAACCAACAAUGCAGUUAAAGAUUAUUAUUUUUUUAAGUGUUAAGAAAUAGAUAAGUAAAAACAUUUGAAAAUAGCAAAUAAUUAAAGAGCAGCAGUAAAAUAACAAUAGCGGGGCUAUAUACAGGGGGUACCGGUUCAGAGUCAAUGUGCGGGGGCACCGGCUAGUUGAGGUAGUUGAAGUAAUAUGUACAUGUGGGUAGAGUUAAAGUCACUAUGCAUAAAUAAUAAACAGAGUAGCAGCAGCGUAAAAGAGGGUGGUGGGGUGGGCAAUGCAAAUAGUCCGGGGUAGCCAUGAGUAGCUGUUCAGGAGUCUUAUGGCUUGGGGGUAGAAGCUGUUAAGAAGCCUUUUGGACCUAGACUUGGCGCUCCGGUACCGCUUGCCGUGACAGAGAGAACAGUCUAUGACUAGGGUGGCUUAGAGUCUUUGACAAUUUUUAGGGCCUUCCUCUGACACCGCCUGGUAUAGAGGUCCUGGAUGGCAGGAAGCUUGGCCCCAGUGAUGUACUGGGCCGUACGCACUACCCUCUGAGGACCCAUGCCAAAUCUUUUCAGUCUCCUGAGGGGGAAUAGGCUUUGUCAUGCCCUCUUCACGACUGUCUUGGCGUGUUUGGACCAUGAUAGUUUGUUGGUGAUGUGGACACCAAGGAACUUGAAGCUCUCAACCUGUUCCACUACAGCCCCGUCGAUGAGAAUGGGGGCGUGCUCGGUCCUCCUCUUUUUCCUGUAGUCCACAAUCAUCUCCUUUGUCUUGAUCACAUUGAGGGAGAGGUUGUUUUUCAACAAUUACUAGCAUAGGCCUAGCUACUGGUCUUAUGGUAUGUCAAAAUUGCUUGAAAUUGAUCAUUUACUUAUGAAGCUUACAUUUGGAAUUUGUUGUUAAACUUAAUUCUUACAUAUCAAAAUGUGUUAGACAAAAUAAUGAAAAGGGCUGUCUGGUAGCCUCAACAAAUAGACAAAUAUUUGUAGUUGAACAAGUCAUUGUAUGUAUAGAUUUUUUUUAUUUCUACUUGACAUGAGACUUGCCUUAAAUAAACUUGUCUUGACUUGACUGACUCUUAGAAUGCACGACUUGACUCGAGACUCGACCCGUUCUACUUGGGACACGAUUUGAGACUCUUGUGACUCGAGACUUGCUUGUGACUCGAAUAAUAGUGAUUUGGUCCAACUCUGGGAAUAAUAUUGUAAAAAUUAUGAUAAUGCCCUUUUCGUGUAAGAGCUGUUUGAAAAGAUCACCUGAUGUUUUUGGUCUGCCUGGUGCCAUCAUCAGGCGGUAAAUUAGUUAAUAGACCAAUAAGAAAGAGCGUUCCAAACCUCUCUGCCAAUAACAGCUAGUUUUGAAUUUUCCCCUCCCCACUCAGACCACUCCCAGAAAUUACUCUUUGCUAAGAAGCUAUUUUUGUUUCUUUUUGACAAUUAUAAUUGAAAACAAUCACAGUAAGGUACUUAAUUGUUACCCAGAAAUGAUUUGAUAUCGAAAUAAAAAUGACUGCAUUGGAUCUUUUUAAAGUAACAACUACUGUAGAACAGCACAUUUCACUGCACCUAUCCAGUGUAUGUGACAAUAAAAUGUAUUUAUUUAUUUUCUUCUUCUCCUCCCACCUUCCUUCCUCUGUAUUCUCACUCUCCAGUGCCUACUCUUUCCAUGUAAGUGCGGAUGGACAGAUGCAGCCGGUGCCUUUCCCUCCAGAUGCCCUGCUGGGCCCGGGCAUCCCGCGGCACGCCCGUCAGAUCCACACUCUGAACCAUGGAGAGGUGGUGUGUGCCGUUACCAUUAGUACUUCCACACGCCACGUCUACACCGGCGGGAAGGGCUGUGUCAAGGUGUGGGACAUCAGCCAGCCUGGAAGCAAAAGUGCCAUGGCCCAGCUCGACUGUCUGGUGAGUGGACACACACACACACACACUGUGCAUAGAGACACAAACGCACUGACACCAAAGAGAUAGCAGAGGACGGAGAGAGUAAAGGAAGGACGCACUCAAACAGUGGUCAUGAAGGGACAACUUAAAAUGAUACAGAGACGGGCAGUUUAAAAAAAAUGCUUUCCAGUGUACAUGAAAAAUGUAUGUACCAAGUUGUCUUGAAGGGAAUGUUCCUGGGUGGAAAUGUUUUACUCUGGUGGUACUGCUGAGGCUGCACUCCUUAGAGGACUUCAUUAUUCUGCUGUCAUAUUAUUAAUACACUGCUCAAAAAAAUAAAGGGAACACUUAAACAACACAAUUUAACUCCAAGUCAAUCACACUUCUGUGAAAUCAAACUGUCCACUUAGGAAGCAACACUGAUUGACAAUACAUUCCACAUGCUGUUGUGCAAAUGGAAUAGACAACAGGUGGAAAUUAUAGGCAAUUAGCAAGACACCCCCAAUAAAGGACUGGUUUUGCAGGUGGUGACCACAGACCACUUCUCAGUUCCUAUGCUUCCUGGCUGAUGUUUUGGUCACUUUUGAAUGCUGGCGGUGCUUUCACUCUAGUGGUAGCAUGAGACGGAGUCUACAACCCACACAAGUGGCUCAGGUAGUGCAGCUCAUCCAGGAUGGCACAUCAAUGCGAGCUGUGGCAAAAAGGUUUGCUGUGUCUGUCAGCGUAGUGUCCAGAGCAUGGAGGUGCUACCAGGAGACAGGCCAGUACAUCAGGAGACGUGGAGGAGGCCGUAGGAGGGCAACAACCCAGCAGCAGGACUGCUACCUCCGCCUUUGUGCAAGGAGGAGCAGGCGGAGCACUGCCAGAGCCCUGCAAAAUGACCUCCAGCAGGCCACAAAUGUGCAUGUGUCUGCUCAAACGGUCAGAAACAGACUCCAUGAGUGUGGUAUGAGGGCCCGACGUCCACAGGUGGGGGUUGUGCUUACAGCCCGACAGCGUGCAGGACGUUUGGCAUUUGCCAGAGAACACAAGAUUGGCAAAUUCGCCACUGGCGCCCUGUGCUCUUCACAGAUGAAAGCAGGUUCACACGGAGCACAUGUGACAGACGUGACAGAGUCUGGAGACGCCGUGGAGAACGUUCUGCUGCCUGCAACAUCCUCCAGCAUGACCGGUUUGGCGGUGAGUCAGUCAUGGUGUGGGGUGGCAUUUCUUUGGGGGGCCGCACAGCCCUCCAUGUGCUCGCCAGAGGUAGCCUGACUGCCAUUAGGUACCGAGAUGAGAUCCUCAGACCCCUUGUGAGACCAUAUGCUGGUGCGGUUGGCCCUGGGUUCCUCCUAAUGCAAGACGUGUGUCAGCAGUUCCUGCAAGAGGAAGGCAUUGAUGCUAUGGACUGGCCCGCCCGUUCCCCAGACCUGAAUCCAAUUGAGCACAUCUGGGACAUCAUGUCUCGCUCCAUCCACCAACGCCACGUUGCACCACAGACUGUCCAGGAUGCUUUAGUCCAGGUCUGGGAGGAGAUCCCUCAGGAGACCAUCCGCCACCUCAUCAGGAGCAUGCCCAGGCGUUGUAGGGAGGUCAUACAGACACGUGGAGGCCACACACACUACUGAGCCUCAUUUUGACUUGUUUUAAGGACAUUACAUCAAAGUUGGAUCAGCCUGUAGUGUGGUUUUCCACUUUAAUUUUGAGGGUGACUCCAAAUCCAGACCUCCAUGGGUUGAUACAUUUGAUUUCCAUUGAUCAUUUUUGUGUGAUUUUGUUGUCAGCACAUUCAACUAUGUAAAGAAAAAAGUAUUUAAUAAGAUUAUUUCAUUCAUUCAGAUCUAGGAUGUGUUAUUUUAGUGUUCCCUUUAUUUUUUUGAGCAGUGUAGUUGUGAAUUUUAUGUUGCUCACCUCACACAGUCACAUUUGCACCCUAUAAUUACUGGAGUUAUUUUCUGUUACCCAAUCAGAAUAGGGAUAACUACAUCCGCUCCUGCAAACUCCUCCCCGAUGGGCGGACCCUCAUCGUUGGAGGCGAGGCCAGCACACUGUCAAUCUGGGACUUGGCCACACCCACUCCCCGCAUCAAGGCGGAGUUGACGUCGUCUGCCCCGGCCUGCUACGCUCUGGCCAUCUCCCCCGACAACAAGGUCUGCUUCUCCUGCUGCAGCGACGGAAACAUCGUAGUCUGGGACUUGCACAACCAGACCCUGGUUAGGUAAGGAGAGGAGAGGAGGAGGAGAGGGGGAUAACGAGGAAGAUGAGGAGAGGGGGGAGAGGAGUAGGUUAGGAGGGGUAGAGGGGGGAAAUAUUGUGGUCUUGGACCUUCACAACCAGACCCUGGUCAGGUUAGGAGAGGUGAGGAGGUUAGGAGGGGUAGAGGGGGAAAAUAUCAUAGUCUGGGACCUGCACAACCAGACCCUGGUCAGGUAAGGAGAGGAGUAGAGGGGGAGGGUAGGGCAGGAAAGGAGAGUAGAGGUGAAGAGGAGGAGGAUAGGGCAGGAGAGGAGAGGAGGAGAAGGAGAGAGCAUGGCCAUGGGCUAUAUGACUAUGGAUCACAUCUGAAUGGCUGGGGGUUGAUGUUGAAUGUGUCUGUGCUCCCCAGGCAGUUCCAGGGCCACACUGACGGGGCCAGCUGUAUUGACAUCUCCAACGAUGGGACCAAACUGUGGACGGGGGGGCUGGACAACACAGUACGCUGCUGGGACCUGAGAGAGGGACGACAGCUGCAGCAGCACGACUUCACCUCACAGGUACUGACACCAGCUGAGACUAGAUCAGGGCCAGUAUCCACAAAGUGUCUCAGAGUAGAAAAUUGGUUCUAAGUGCUGAGAAUAUACACUUGACUCCUACUCUUAUGGGUGAAAAUAAAAGCUAUGCAUGAAGCCUCUUUAGUCAUAAGAGGCCCACCUAGACGACAGAUAUUUAGGACACCUCAUGAGCUGUCCUAACCAGGUAAGAGUUACCAGCAGGUGCCUUGAUAAUAGAAAAAUGCAGCGAGUCAGUGGUUCCUGCGCCACAUGCAAUUGCUUUGGAGUUGUUGAAACAAUGUUUUGAUAUGAUCAAUCCAUAUACAAUCUAGGCCUACCUGCAACAGUAGGCCUAUCUCUUGUGCUUUUGACAAUGAUUUCACAAGGCCUAUUUCACAAGAUAUACCUAAAUACUUAUAACUAAUAAAUAAUCACAUUUUUCUUUAGAUGAUUUAAUUAAACUAUGUACAUGUUAUUUCAAGUUAUCCCUUUGGAGCUCAAUUUCACAUUGUAAAAAAAAAAAAGCCUACAUUGGGCAUGCCUAGAAAUUGGCAUCUAAGGCUUAUGUUAACUUUGUUUGUGUUCGAUGAAAAUGAUAGACCUUUCAAAUGUUUUAUGCAACAUUAUCAGCAAGUGACUUGAUGCCUACUGUGCCAAAGCGAUUUAGUUGUGUGUUUAAUAUAAUGGUAAUAUUAUAAAAAUUCCACUUUUAACAACCAUCAGUUGGUUUAAAAAAAAAAGGUUAUGCAUGCCAACGUACGGUGCCGUGACAGUAUUUCCCCUCGUUCUGAUUUUCUCUAUUUUUAAAUAUUUUGGAAACUAAAGGUUAUUAGAUCUUCAAUCAAAACCUAAUAUUAGAUAAAGGGUACCUGGGUGAACAAAUAACAACCAAUUGCAUAACUUUGUUUAUUAAAUACAUUUAAAAAGUAUCAACACCCAAUGCCCCUGUGUGAAAAAGUUAUUGCACCUUUACACUCAAUAACUGGUUGUGCCACCUUUAGCUGCAAUGACUGCAACCAAACGUUUCCUGUAGUUGAUCAGUCUCUCACAUCCAUGUGGAGGAAUUUUGGUCCACUCUUCCAUGCAGAACUGCUUUAACAUUUCAAUCUGGUUUAGGUCUGGACUUUGACUAGGCAAUUCCAGAACUUUAAAUGUGUGGCUUUUCAGCCAUUCCGAUGUAGACUUGCUUUUGUGUUUUGAAUCAUUGUCUUGCUGCAUGACCCAGCUGCGCUUAAGCUUAACCAUGAAUUCUACUCUGUAUCAAUUCUCUGAUACAGAGCAGAAUUCAUGGUUCUUUCAAUGAUGGCAAGUCGUCCAGGUCCUGAGGCAGCAAAGCAUCCCCAAACCAUAACACUACCACCACGCUGGACCCAUGUCAUCCAAAAAGUUAAAAUGUUGAAUCAUCUGUCCAUAGAACAUUCUUCUAGGAGUCUUGACGAUCUUCCAGGUGCUUUUUGGCGUUUUGGACAACAUGGGUCUGGUGAAAACCAAACACUGAAUUCCAUAGUAAGAACCUCCAUACCAAUGGUCAAGCAUGGUGGUGGUAUUGUGAUGGUUUGGGGACCUGGAAGACUUGCCAUCAUUGAAGAAACCAGGAAUUCUAGGCUAUAGUCACAUUCACCGUAUAAGUUUUGAAACAUGCUAUAGAGUUCACAGCUGGCGAUGCCUUAUCGCGAUUGGUUAUUCCCAAUAAUUUGCAACCAUGUCAAUGAGCGUCAUCACUAUCUUUCCUUUGCAGUAACUGUUGUGAUUACCAGCUGAGAUAAACCUUUGUGUUGAUUUUACUCCUGGCUCAGAGUUUGUCUGAGCAGUGUCUUAACAUCAUCCUAAAACCUACUUUGAGCUGGGAGUGUUUUUUAGUGUUGAAAACGGUUUCAACAGGAUUCCUAAGACUUUUUCUGAGAUGCUAUGUGGAUACGGCCCCAGUAAUGUAUUUCACUUGUUAAUAUAUAUAUGGAGUGGCUGCGGUUCCGGAUUUUCUGCAACCCGAUUUGCCGUAGCUAAAGAUUUCUGCGCAUGUGCAGGAUGUUUUUUACGUACUGCUGCCAACUCCUCUGCCUCAGUAGUGAUUGGAAGUUCAGCUCUUUUUACUGACUCUUUUUUUACUGAACUCAUUCAAUCAAAAUAACAAAUCUUUCGACUCAUUUGAUUCAGUAAUGCCAAGAGCACGCAGGACCCCCUACCGGCAAACAAUGAACUAAAAACUUGAAUCAUGAUUCUACAAGCUUCUUGUUCACCAAAGGGGGCUUAUUGUAGCUGACAUUUGUGACUGAUACUUCUAAAAGUGUGCUUCAAACAAUGUACAUACAAUUAUUUAUUGAUGGCUUUGAAACAAGUUCUAGUUGUGGCCACAAAGGACUAGAUUGUGAAUGACUCUUGGCGGAAUGCUCUCUGCUUGACUGCCGCGAGGGAGAUUAGCACAAUAUAGUUUGAACUGCAGCAGCCCCCCGAAACGAUUCGUUCUUGAGUUCCAGUGUUGAGCAGAGGCAUGUGUUUGUUUUGGUUCUACAAAGCUGUGUCCAUCGAUAACAUUCGCUAAUCAAUUGCAUUCAAUUAUCAGUUCUAAACAAUUAUUUUUCUUUGUCAAACUGUUUUCACAGCCACAGCCUAAUAUAUAAGACCUGUCGCUCCAUUCUGUAUCACUUCACACAUGAUGCUGCUGAUGGUCUUUGUCAGAUGAGCUCCAUUCAGUCGUGUAAUGAGCUUUCUCUCUCUCUCAUCCUCUCCCUCCCGCCAGAUCUUUUCUUUGGGCUACUGUCCUACAGGAGAGUGGCUGGCAGUGGGUAUGGAGAGCAGUAAUGUAGAAGUGCUGCAUGUCUCCAAACCAGACAAGUACCAGCUGCACCUCCACGAGAGCUGUGUGCUGUCACUCAAGUUUGCCUACUGUGGUACGUACCACACUCCUAAUUGUUCCAUUCAAAUGUUUUCUUGUGUAAUCUUGAGGACAAAAUACAAUUUUAGCCAUUUAGCAGACGCUCUUAUCCAGAGUGACAUACAAUUUAGUGCAUUCGUCUUAAGAAAGCUAGGUGGGACAACCACAUAUAUCUCAGUCAUAGUAAGUACAUUUUCCUUCAAUAAAGGAGCUAUGAGCAAAGGGCCAGUAGGAAAAUAAGAAAAAGGGAGGGAGGGGGGGGGAUUGGGAUUAUUUAAAAUACUAUUUGAAUGGGUAGGGUUAGCCUGAAAUUACACUCUCACAAAGCAUAAGUCUCUUUCUCCUUGUAUGCAACAAACUAGCCAUCCCUGUCUGUCAUGCUGCAUCUCCUCUGCCCAGAGUAUAUCUCUUCAUCUCCCAUUGUGUGUGUCUUUGGUUCUGCAGGUAAAUGGUUUGUGAGCACAGGCAAAGAUAACCUUCUGAACGCAUGGCGGACACCCUAUGGAUCAAGCAUAUUCCAGGUAGGUCCCCACUUUGAUUUACUAACUGGUUUGUCUCUUACACUUUGUCGCUAGUGAAAUGCUAUUUCAAGUGCAUUUGUUGGGUUUCUAGUUAUUUAAGCCAUUUAUACUAUUUAUUAUAUAAAUCCCUUUUGUGUAAUGAUGGUAUUGUCUCUGUGAUUAUGGUUGGUUUGUGUAAUGAUGGUAUUGUCUCUGUAAAUAUGGUUGGUUUGUGUAAUGAUGGUAUUGUCUCUGUGAUUAUGGUCGGUUUGUGUAAUGAUGGUAUUGUCUCUGUGAUUAUGGUCGGUUUGUGUAAUGAUGGUAUUGUCUCUGUGAUUAUGGUCGGUUUGUGUAAUGAUGGUAUUGUCUCUGUGAUUAUGGUCGGUUUGUGUAAUGAUGGUAUUGUCUCUGUGAAUAUGGUUGGUUUGUGUAAUGAUGGUAUUGUCUCUGUGAUUAUGGUUGGUUUGUGUAAUGAUGGUAUUGUCUCUGUGAAUAUGGUUGGUUUGUGUAAUGAUGGUAUUGUCUCUGUGAAUAUGGUCGGUUUGUGUAAUGAUGGUAUUGUCUCUGUGAAUAUGGUCGGUUUGUGUAAUGAUGGUAUUGUCUCUGUGAAUAUGGUCGGUUUGUGUAAUGAUGGUAUUGUCUCUGUGAAUAUGGUUGGUUUGUGUAAUGAUGGUAUUGUCUCUGUGAAUAUGGUCGGUUUGUGUAAUGAUGGUAUUGUCUCUGUGAUUAUGGUUGGUUUGUGUAAUGAUGGUAUUGUCUCUGUGAUUAUGGUCGGUUUGUGUAAUGAUGGUAUUGUCUCUGUGAAAUAUGGUUGGUUUGUGUGUAACUGGAGUCUUCUUUUUGUUUCUCCAGUCAAAGGAGACGUCUUCGGUGCUCAGCUGUGACAUCUCUCCUGAUGACCAGUUCAUUGUGACGGGCUCGGGUGACAAGAAGGCCACUGUGUAUGAAGUCAUCUACUGAGGAGGGAGUGCUCUGAUUGGAUAAAGUGGGGGUGAUGCUCCCCUGGCGCACCAAUGACUGUAAAGAGUGGUGGGCGUCGUGGAGACAAGACACACAUUGUACUUUGUUGUUUUAUUUACUUUUGUAAAGGAUGCAGAUGAGGGCGUGGAUAUCUGGAACUUUGACCUUAAAAAAAAAUGCUCAGAAAAAGCUGGUAGUCUAGCGACACAAAAAGUGGGAUUCCUCCAAAGAACUCUUUGUUUUUUCCCCACCUUUUUUUUUUUCAUUUUUUUUAACAAAAUGAAACCUCUGUAGUGAACAAAAAAUUAGCAAAAAUAAAUGCAUUAUUUUUUUAGCCUUAGAAUUCUUGACGAGCGGUAGGACCAUGGUGUGUGCACAGAGGGAGAUAAGGGGGUUGUAAGUGCU